UAUCUCUAAUGUGACUUGAAGUUGAUCACACAUGUGUCGCCUUGCAUCUUGGGUCUAAGUAUGUUUUUUUUGUGCUAUUUAUUUGGUAUUAUUUGUGCAUUUUUCAUUUCUAAUUACUCUAGAUAGUUUAAUUCAAAAAUCUUGCAUUUCUCAAAUACAUCAUAAGUAUAUGCAUGCAUACCAACUUUUGGAUUGGUCAAAAUGUCCAUAUAUGAGCACCAAUUCGGAUUCGGAAUUCAAAAUCAGAAAGUGGACAGAAAUUGGAAAAAUGAGUAUCAGGCCGCGGACCGUCCGCCCAUGGACCGCGGACCGUCCGCAGCAUCAAGCAAUGGACAGUCCGAGCAGCCUCGCAGACUGUCUGAGGUCAUCAGGACGCGGACCGUCCGCCGCCCCCGCGCGGACCGUCCGCGACAGGGCAGAAAAAGGACCAGAGCCCGCAGACUUGCCAGUUGUGCCUAUUCGGUUGUUCUCUCUUGCUCUCCACUCGCUAUAUCCUCUCUUGUGUCGAGUGUGCGCGGACCGUGAAGUGAAGUUGCGUGCGGACAGUCCGACAGCUUGCUGCACCAUUCCCUCAACAUGUCUUCAUCACGUGGUCUUGGUGGUCUACGCAAGAAACUUGCAGGUCGCUUUAAAUCCAAGCGCCCUCGAGGAAAUGAUGAUGAUUAUGUACCAACCACUGAUUCAGAAGCCCAAUCCUCAGCUGGGGGCACUGAAUCCAUGGAUGCGGAAGAUUUUCCUCAUGUUCAUCCUGAUUAUCCCAUUGAUAUCCAAGGAUGGACUUUCCCAAAGCGGAGAUUUUCUAUGACUGAGUACUGCUCUCGACGGACUGUGAAUCAGUAUGCUCUGCCAUCAGAUACCAACAUCCAGUUUUUCCACACGCAGCUGCAGUUUGAUGUUUUCUGGGGCACCCUGGUGGAUACUAAUUUCCAUAAGCAUCAGGUGAUUGAUUGGUCAUUCCUGCUCAGUCAAUCAGUCAUGGAGGGUUUGAUCCCUAAGUUUGAGGCAUGCGGACUAUAUCAGUUUAUGGGGCAGCGCACAGAUUUUAAUGAAAUGGCUGUUAAGCAAUUCUUGGCUACCUCAGAGAUUGAUAUUGCAGAAGAAUCCAUCACCUGGAUGACUGGCUUCAAGCGCUACUCUGCUUCUUUUGCUGACUUUGCAGCUGCCAACAGUCUGAACUAUGGCACCAUUUCUGCUGGAGUGGAUCUUUAUACUGAAGACAAUUUUGAGGAUUUUGUGCAGUUUUAUGAGCCAGCCAGACUUGGUAUACCCAGGAGAUUUGGUGAGACAGCAGGACUCAGACAUCAUCCUGCUGUCAUCAACAAGAUUGCCAGAGUCACCAUCCUUCCCAAGAGUGGUGAUAAGAGUAAAAUCAGGGAGAAGUUCUGGAACAUAAUUCAUCACAUUAUGAAUGGAGAAGUCAUGAACAUUGUUCUUUUCAUGAUGAGGCAGCUUAAUGAUUUAAAGAUGGACAAGAAUCAAAACUUGGCAUAUGCUCCAUACAUUAUGGCUCUUAUCAAAUCCAAGACAAGAUUUGAGGGCCCAUGUGAGAUUGUCCACACUCCAUUCAGGCCUUUUAAGAAUGAGAUAGGGUUUCUCACCAGGCCACUCACUCCAUUCCCAGAUGAUGAGGAAGACCCUGGCUAUGAGGGUGGAGCAGCGCCUAAUGUUGAGGAACAGCAGAUGCCUCCUCCUCCACCUCCUCCUCAGCCUCAGCACUAUUGGGAGCCUGCUCCAGGAUAUUUUGAUCCUUAUUUUCACAACAUGCAGCAAGGGCUGGAGGCUCAUAUUGAUACUCGAUUUGAGGGGUUGAUGUCACAUGUGGAUCACCGCCUCGAUGACAUGCGGUCUCGCUUUGACGACAACUGGGAUGUGCUCAACUCUGAAUUUUCUGACCUUCGUGAUCACAUUCACACUAAUGUCACUGAUCCCAUCAUGUCAAGGCUGAAUAAUAUGCAACAAAGCUUUCAAGAUAACAUGGGUGCUCUCUCCAGUCAGUUUGAUAAUCUUUCUACAACUGACAACAUGCAUGAUAUCAGUCAGAGGCAGCAGCAGCUCCAGCAGGACUUUGACCAGUUCUCCUCCCUGUUUGACACCUUCCGCACUCAUUAUUACCACAUGCAUCCUCCGCCGAGUGAUCAGUAAGGCCUCUCCUUUGUGGCAAUUGAUGCCAAAGGGGGAGAGAAGUGAUGAGAAGUUGUCAGGCGUCUCCUUCAGGGGGAGUUGGUGGUUCUAUGUGGACACUAAGACCAUGCAUAUGCAUUUUAUCUUUUUUGUGCCGUUUUAGUUUAUGUCUUAUGCAUUUGGAACUUGGUUCGAUCUAUUAACUCUAUGUCGUAUGUCUGUGGAUUAUUAUCUGUAAUAUUCUGUGGGAUGAACUAUGUUUUAGUUCAAAUUACUCUGUGUGUGGUUAAUCGAGAUGUGAUUAUAAUUGCUGCGCUCACUCUACGAAUCAUCGCUUGUAUGUCUCGAUAACCAUGUUUGUAGGAAAGUCUCCAUCAAGCUCUAAUAUAUUAUGUGUGUUAUA